AUGAGGGGUAGAGCACCUCAUAACCCUGAAAAUGUGAGUGGUAGUCAUGGUAUAAUAAAGGACUCUGCUGUGAGAUCUGAAGCACGAACACUCGCUAGGGCUUACACUAUUUGCACACGAGAGGAAACUUCUGUGCUAGAUGUUAUUACGGGUACCUUAUCUAUCUUUGACACUAAUGUUAUUGCUUUGAUUGAUAUGGGAUCAACUCAUUCAUUUAAGUGCACAAACCUAGUGUUUAGUAAGAAUUUACCUGUUGAGUCCACUGAAUUCUUAGUUAAAGUGUCGAACCUCAUAAGUCAGCAUGUAUUAGCUCAUAAAGUUUGCAAGAACUGUCCGUUGAUGACUCGGGGUUACAAUUUUCUGACUGAUUUGAUGUUGUUGCCAUUUAACGAGUUUGAUGUGAUUUUAGGCAUGGCGCAGAAAUAUGUGAGAAAAAUUUGCAAUGCUUACCUUGCUUAUGUAUUGGAUAAUAAACUGUUUGAAUUGAAGCUUGAAUCAGUGCCAGUGGUUUGCGAGUAUCCCGAUGUGUUUCCAGAAGAGUUACCUGGAUUACCGCUGGUCAAAGAGGUUGAGUUUGCUAUAGAACUUGUACCUAGAACUUGUAACAGGAACAUCACUGAUAUCAAUAACACCUUACAUAAUGGCUCUUACCGAAUUGAAAGAGCUGAAAGCACAGUUGCAAGAGUUGACAAAUAG